UCACGCCUGCGUCACCCACCUCACUUCAUCUCAUCACAUGGGCAUUUUAUCAUCUGACGUCCUCACAACAAGGAUGGCUUACCUGAAGAUGCGAUUGAUGUACAUCUCGCUGGUGGUCCUGGGAGCCCUCUGUUUGUAUUUUAGCAUGUACGCUCUGAUUCCCUUUAAAGGCCAGCCAUUUGUUUUCAAGAAAGAAAGAGGCAGCUUCCUCCAGCUUCCAGAUAUCAACUGCAGGCAGGAUCCCCCCUUCCUUGUCCUGCUGGUGACCUCAUCCCACGAACAGGUGUUCGUUCGCACGGUCAUCCGAAACACAUGGGGAAAAGAAAAGAAUGUGCAUGGGAGGCCAAUAAAAACCUUCUUCCUUCUGGGAGCCACAGCCAGUAAGGACCUGUCGAAAGUGGUGGCGCAGGAAAGCCAGCGGCAUCGCGACAUUAUCCAGAAGGACUUUGUGGACGCUUACUUCAAUUUGACCCUGAAGACCAUGAUGGGCAUAGAGUGGAUCCACCGCUUCUGUCCUCAGGCGACGUUUGUGAUGAAAACGGACUCGGACAUGUUUGUCAACGUCUACUACCUGACCGAGCUGCUUCUCAAGAAAAACAGAACCACUCGGUUUUUCACCGGCUUCUUAAAACUGAACGAGUUUCCCAUUAGGGACAAGGCCAACAAGUGGUUUGUCAGUAAAUACGAAUACCCAUGGGAUAAGUACCCGCCCUUUUGCUCGGGCACCGGCUACGUGUUUUCCAGUGAUGUUGCAAGUCAGGUGUACAAUGUCUCUGACAGCGUCCCGUUCAUCAAGCUCGAAGACGUCUUUGUGGGACUCUGCCUGGCCAAGCUGAAAAUCAGGCUGGAGGAACUUCACUCCGAGCAGACGUUUUUCCCAAACGGGUUACCCUUCUCCACGUGUCGUUUUAAGAAGAUUGUGGCCUGCCAUUUCGUCAAGCCUCGCAACAUGCUGAGCUACUGGCAGGCUCUGGAGAAUUCUCUGGGAGAGGAGUGUCCAGCUGUCUGA